AUGGCUCUCUCGAUGGCUCGGCAGCGCCGCCCGCCGAGGGGGGGAUCGGCGGUGGGGGGGGAAUCUUCCUACUCGAAGGAGGACAAGAAGGGACAGGAGGAUGAGGGGCGAAGGGGCCUGAGGUGGGUGUUACCGCUCAUGGCGCUCGGGGUCCUGAGGUACAUGAGCGCCACCUCGAACAUCAUCCACGACUGCGAUGAGGUUUUCAAUUACUGGGAACCUCUCCACUAUCUUCUUUACAAGUCUGGUUUUCAGACCUGGGAGUACAGGCGAGUCUCCAAUCCUGCCAUUCGUUGAUCCCUUCCAACGUUUAUUAAUCAUUUUUGUUCGCCUGUUGCCCCGGCACCGGGGAGUUUGCUCAUGUAAUAUUAUGGCAGCCAUCGGACAGAAGACCGCAUGACUUGGGGAAUGCAUCGCGAUAAUGAUGUGCCAGUUCUUGCAUGUUUGUAGUUCAGCGCAGUGUUGAUUUCUCUUUUAUCUCGUGUUAUCCCCGAUACCCUCUUAAGUUAGGAAACAUUUUUUUCAUUUUAUCAUUAUUUCUAUGAGGAUCCCGUUUACAUAAGCAACAUAAAAAUGAAUAUUUGACAGCCUCUCCCUGUGGUGGUGUAAAGCGGCCUUCAAUAUAUAUGAAGCCAAUUCAUCAAAUCCUGGGUUAUUUGCUACCUCAGACUAUUCGCCACUAUAACUAAGAGCAUAGCAUGCAUGACAGUAAAUAUUUAUGCAUUUGUCUUCUAGUACACUCGUUUACUCUUAUGGUGUUAAUUCAUAGAGCAACUGAAACAAUUCGGUCAGUAGUGCUCAGCAUCUAUUUCUUGGAAAUAUCGUAUCCCUCUUUUCCUCAGACUGAUGACUAGUACUUUUCUAUUGCAGCUCUGCAUUUGCCCUUCGAUCUUACCUCUACAUUUUCUUUCAUGCAUUAGUUGCCGAACCUGUUUCCUGGUUGUUCAGUGAUGAAAAGGUGCUGCGUCCAAUUCACAUUUUUAUUUUAUCUUUUUUCCUUCGAUUGGUUUCCAAUGCCUUAAGUUUGACAUUCUGCCUUCUCCUGUGACUUCUGUGCUGAGUAAACCAGGUUAGGGUCUUUUAUUCAGUCAGACUGUUCCUUGGCCUAAUCUCAAUAGUCACAGAGACGGCAUUGGUUGUAGCACUUUCGAAGAAGUAUGGUAAUAGGCUCGCUUGUUAUACCCUUGCCAUGCUAUGCUUGACAAGUGGCUGUUUUUUUGCUAGCACAAGUGAGUAUUUUUUACCUCAUCCUUUUUGUGUAAUAAUUCCUCUUCUCAUUAAUAGUUUACAACUAUUUUCUUCUUCGCUGUGACUUUUCUGAUAUACUAAGCAAUGGGUGCGCUUUCAGGUUUCUUGCCCAGCAGCUUUUCAAUGUACUCUGUCACUCUUUCGUCAGCUCUGUUUCUUCUUGGUAGACAUGCUAUGGCGGUUUCAGUAGCAGCAGCAGGAGUCAUUGUGGGCUGGCCAUUUUCAGUUUUAGUUGUUCUACCUCUUACAAUCUAUUCCUUAACAAAAGGAAACUUCAAACUGGUGUUUCUUUCAGGCACAAUUACUUCUAUUCUCAUUCUUGUAAGUUUCACAAUAAUUAAUUUCUUGACACAAAAUAAUAGGUGAACUUGAUGCAUAUUUUGGUCUUCAUACACCACAAUAACGAGCAUCUUUGGAUUUCUUUUCAGGCCAUUUCAGUACUUGUUGACCGCUACUUCUAUGGAAGAUGGACAUCAUCUGUUGUCAAUCUAUUGGCUUACAACGUUUUAGGGGGUGGUGAAAGUCAUUUGUAUGGAACAGAAGGGCCACUCUUUUAUUUUAAAAAUGGAUUCAACAACUUCAACUUUUGUUUCAUUCUUGCCCUGCUCUUCUUGGCUAUUCUGCCAAUUGCAAGAAAAAAGUAUGCACCAGACCUAUUGGUUGUGGUUGCCCCUGUCUAUAUCUGGCUGAUUUUUAUGUCUUUGCAGCCUCAUAAAGAAGAAAGGUAAAAAUGCGUGCGAUGUUUGUGUUUUUUGCAUUUCCUGGCCCGACAGAUUAUCAGAUUUUGCUUGAAAAAUGCUGCUUUGCUUCAUCAUAUUUGUAGAGCAUCAAUAGCUAUACUUGUUUUCCAUGGGAGUGGAAUUUAUUUCUCUAUUGACUAUUACAGUCCAAAUUGGUUGCAGACUAAUACAUCAUCCUUAUUCGCUCAUAUAAGAAGCUAGCUCAUCAAAUGCAUUUGAUAUGUGGUCUUGAACUUGGGCAAAUUGCUCUGCGCACACCAGAUGUCUUUAGUUGUUAGAUAUAUAGAACUUUCAUUGGAUCGGGUUUGUGUUCAUCCAGUGAGACCAAGACACAGGCUUCCUGCGAUCUUUUCCCCUUAAUGGAAGUAGAGUAUCAGAAAGUAGCACCUCGAUUGCCUUAGAAUAGUGGUUUAUAGAACUGUUAAUUAUCAGUUUGUUGUUUAAUUUGUAAUCCUCAAUACACUUAUUUUACAAGAUACUAAUUCAACAAAGUCCAUUAAUGAUUUUACAAGAUACUAACGCAUAAAGUAUCUUGAAAGAGAUAAAUUUCUGAAUUUGUGUACGUGAUAUGCAUGUGUUUUCUAUUUGCUUCUGUACAAUAUUUAUCUAAAGUCUGAAAUCAUCUUAGCAUCAAGUUUCAGUUUGUGAUACUGAAAUCAGUUCCUUUGGAUCCUGUCAAGUUCAAUCCACUGGAAAUGGGAUUAUGUUAGCAACCCGUAUAUAUUUUUGGGUAGGGUAUGUGCUACCUUGAAUCAUUGUAAUUUUUAAAUUGAUCGGUAUUUUUUCUCGAUUGGCUAUCUUGCCUAAAAAAAUUCAAUAGCUAUCCAUGCCACCUGACCCUGCCCUUUUGAGUGGUCUUCUCGUGUGCAAGGUGUAUGUUCAAAGAACCUUAACUUGCUGUCUAUCUGCAGAUUUCUCUAUCCAAUAUACCCACUUAUUUGCAUUGCUGCAGCAGCUGUUAUCGAAAGCAUUCCAGAUCUUUUCCGUGACAAGUAUGCGAUUGAAGACUCAAUUAUUGUUAAGGUAAUGGGGAAAUUUAGUGCUGUCUUGUUUAUUUUCCCUUUACACCUUGCUGGCCAAAGUGGGUCAUUUACUUCUGUUGGUUGACUUGAGCAGGUUGCCAAAGCAAUCAGACCAAUAGUUCUUUCAGUCAUAUUAUGCACCUCCCACAGCCGGACUUUCUCUUUGCUUCAUGGAUACUCUGCACCACUGGCAAUAUACAAGCACUUAGAGCAUCACGAUGAUGCUGGAGUAGGUAAUACGUUCAAUAAAACUUCCAAAGGGGUUUGUCAAAAGUAUUUUCAGAAUAAUUACCAUUUAUAAAUGAAUUCUUCUAAUCAACUUAGAAAUGCUCCGGAUUCUAUUCCAUGUUAUAUCAUUCUUAAAACUUCAUGGGUGAUUAUGUUUAUGCUUUGCAUUUAUAUCAAUCGAUUCUCAGUCUCAGUUCCCUUGACUCAAAAAAUGCCGAUUCUCCAGAAAUUUCUGGAAGUUUUUGGGCAGCAUGAGUCUACAAUGACGGAUCAGCUUAUUAGUUAGCUAAUUGUGUACAUUAAUUGCCGUGAGUUAUCUCCAAAUGAUUGCAGGAAGAAAGUUUGUAGUUGCAUAUAUGAUGUAUGUUUGUAAGGGCUACUCCUCAACAUACGGGUACUAGAAAUGAAGAAAAUAAUUUCCCUAUUUUCAUAUGAAGCGAAGCACAUCGCCUAUUUAAAUGUUUGAGAAUGUCAGACUUUGCUCUUACGACUAAUAUUCUUUUAUGCUGUUAACUUGGGUUUUCUUUAAUCUCAAAGAUAGGUUUAAAUGUGUCACAGAUUAUCUGGUUGAUGGUAAAUCACAGUCACAAUUCUCCAAUUUGUUGUUUAUUUCAUAGAUUACUGAAAUUUCUCAUUGUUACUAGUAGGUGGCCCUAGGACGCCCUUAGCUUGCUCAGUACAAGCUUGGCAUUCUUCAGGUCCUGUCGUCCUCAGGCUUUUGCCCUUCUAAGGGAGGAUGCUGGAGCUCCCUGUGAUUAGGGCAGAGGAACUGACAGGCUUUGGACAAGUAAUUUCUUGGGCCUAGGCAUUUGUUUGGUUACAGAGGAGGCUGCAAAGAUGGCCAUUGAUGUAGGAUGUUGAAGGCCUCUGGGCUGUAGGAAAGGAGGCUGUGGUGAACCUCUGGUUGAUGGGAGGGAGAUGCGCAGGAGAUGCUGGUCUGUGAAUCUCCUGUUGAUCAGGGACGCAGAUGAGAGAGGGAGUGGCGGGCCUUCGGGUGCUGCCAGAGGGCAAAAUGGGGAGGUGACUGAUCUCUGGGCUUGUUCAGCACAGCCAUAGCCAUAGCCAUAGCCAUAGCCGUAGCCAUAGAUGACUGCUCUCUGAGCUCGUAUACUGGUACUGAUUUCCCCAUUUCAGGCUCUGUGCUCUGUGUCGGAAGCGAAUGGCACCGGUACCCCUCCUCCUUCUUCGUGCCCUCGUACAUCAGCCAAGUGCGGUGGAUCGACGAUGGCUUCCGCGGGCUCCUUCCCUUCCCUUUCAACUCAACGCUCGGAGGAACUGCCUCAUCGCCACCCCACUUCAACAGCAAGAACACGGCGUCCGACCAGCAAUACGUAAUUUCUGAGAACUCCACUCCCAUGAUUUCUCAUAAGAAUACGCCACGCUAAUGCUCUGGAAAUUCUUCAGCUGAAGGAUCUCGAUGUCUGCACAUUCCUCGUAGAGCUGGACCUGAGGCGCCCGUACCCUUCUCGAGGAAGCGAUCUGUCGCAGUGGGAGGUAAAAAUAGCUUCCUGUUCCAUCGUCUGGGCCGGAUCGAUCUCUCCAUCUGAGGCCGCCAUGGUGAUUUCAGACGCUGGCGGCGAUCCAUUUCCUCGACCGGGAGCUCUCGCCGGCCGUCUACCGGUCGUUCUUCAUCCCGCAUCUUUGGCACAAGGAGAACGCCUUCGGCCUGUACAGGCUCCUGAGGAGAGUACCAGCGAGAAGCGGACCUUCGUGA